GUGUAUUUCGCAAUCAUAGUCAAACAAAAACCAACCGAAACAUUAACGGAUAAACUAUGAUGUAGAAGAUCUUUGCCCGUUUAUCUGCUCCCCAAUGCAAUGAGUAUUAUUAGGGUUUAGGAAUACAAAUCUUUGACAUUGAGUAUUGAUCGUUAUGACAUCGCUCAACAAAAUAUAUAUAGAACAUGUAACGGAAAACUAACGAAAUCAUAUGAGUUAAGAAAUAUUUGAAUCCCUAAAAACUUACCUUAUAAGUGAUAUUCAAAAGAUAGGAACAUAACUCCCCUCUAAUGAUUGAAUGAGAUAUAGAAAAUCAAUGUUUUAUUGUAUGAACAAAUGAAAAUCAACAGAUAACUUUCCAUAUAAAACCAAUAUCAAUAGUCAGCUUGAAAUGCAUGUAUGUCUACAACUUGUCAACCUUCUCUUUUGCUAAGAAUCCCAGCCCCAGAUUUUGCAUUAACUCGCUUUCAUUACCAUUCAUAUGAAAUCCUCAUUUCUCACACACAAUUAUUAGGACAACAAAUCUGGAUUCAUUACUAUUAGACCCCUCCUUUAUUUCAUGCUCAAACACAUUGUAAUAGGUUGGCAUGUAUAUGCUCAAUUCUCAGACAGAAUCAAAAUGGAUUUGGUCUCUCAUUCAUGCAUCACAAUUGGCCGACAUUAAAUUUUGCAUCCAAUUGAAAAACAUCAGAAAAUCCAUAGCAUUUCAAGCAGCAUUAAUUAGGUAGCCCCAUGUCUGCUUUAAAUAGAGCAGAGUCUCUUCAGGGCAAGAGCAAACCAGAAAGGCCAUUUCUUCAUUCCCUUCUUCCCAGUUUGCAACAUUUUCAUCUUUUCUUUCUAGCCAUGACUAGAAAGAAGGUGAAACUUGCCUACAUUACUAAUGAUAGUGCUCGAAAAGCAACAUAUAAGAAAAGGAAGAAGGGUCUUAUGAAAAAGGUGAGCGAACUCACCACCCUUUGUGACAUUGAUGCUUGUGCUAUUAUCUACAGCCCCUAUGACUCCCAGCCUGAAAUUUGGCCUUCUCCCUUAGGAGUCCAACGUGUGCUUGCGCAGUUCAAGACCAUGCCUGAAAUGGAGCAAAGCAAGAAGAUGGUGAAUCAAGAGAGUUUCUUGAGGCAAAGAAUCAACAAGGCUCAGGAACAACUCAAGAAGCAAAAGAAAGACAACCGAGAAAAGGAGAUGGCUCGUGUGAUGUUCCAAAGCCUAACUGGAAAGCCUCUCCAGGGCUUGACACUGUCAGACCUAACUGAUCUUGGCUGGGUCAUUGACCAGCACUUGAAGGAGUUACAUCUCAGGAUGAAGAACAUUAAGGAGGAGGUUGUGAAGAGCCAGAACCAAGUACUGCAAGGAGCACAGGGGGUGUCAUCUGCUGUAGCAGAUCAUAGAAUGGUGGCGAUGAAGAGUAAUAGAGAGGACAGUGGCAGCAACAUGGCAAUGAAGAGUGGUGAAGAGGGCAGCAGCAUGCAGCAUGCAGCCCUUGACAGGCAAGCUUUUGAUCACAUGCAUAACAUGGAGGCAAUGCAGCUCCAAAUGAUGCAUAUGGCAGCUCAGAAGCAGCAAAAUCACUGGUUCAUGGAUAUGAUGAAUGCGCCGCAACAACCACCACUGCCACAUCCAGAUAAUCAUGAGCAUAUGGGGUUUACCGGUGAGGAUAUGAUGCUUCCCUUCGCGGAUCAGAACCACAGUACUAUGUGGUCGAAUCCUCCUCCUGCUGGCAGCUUUAAUUUUCCUUGAAAAUUUUAGUUAUGGUGUCUCUAAGUUCUGCAAUAUCUUUCUAAGUGUUCUUCUUCUAGUUUUCGUGCAUGUCUUUCUCUGAACCACAGGUUGUGUGUUUUUCUUUCUUCAACUUAAUUUAUGCACUACAUUGUUAUUGUUAUCUUUAUGUACUUCAUGAUAAUGUUUGAAUAAUAUGUGCUUAUUUCUUUUUCUUUGAAUAAA